GAAGGUUGGUCAAGCUGCAUGAAUCGUCCAUUUUCUCGGUUCCUCGGCGGAGACGCUUGCUGCACGUGUUUGAGAAUUUGUGUUUGGUUAAACGAAGCACUUUUGUGUUUUGGACCGCCAAACUUCUAGUCGCAUUUCAUUCGCAACGCCGCGGCACUUAUUUUGAAGCCAAGUUUUCAACGCGACUCUGUGCAUCAUGAACCCGGAAAAGUUGAAGAAACUGCAGCAGCAAUCCGCUCAAGUCCGCAUAGGAGGCAAAGGCACACCACGCAGAAAGAAGAAGAUUGUUCACGCAACAGCCGCCACUGACGACAAGAAACUGCAAAGCUCGCUCAAGAAAUUGUCAGUGAACACGAUUCCUGGCAUCGAAGAAGUGAACAUGAUCAAGGACGAUGGCACAGUGAUCCAUUUCAACAACCCCAAGGCCCAGGCCUCCCUAGCGGCCAACACCUUCGCCAUCACCGGCCACGCCGAGUCAAAGCAAAUCACCGAAAUGCUCCCCGGUAUUUUGAGUCAACUCGGCCCCGAGGGCCUAACUCAGCUCAAGCGCCUGGCUUCCAGUGUAGCCUCCAGCGCUGGAGGCACCAAGAUGGCCAUCGACGAGGAAGACGAAGUCCCGGAGUUAGUCGGCAACUUCGACGACGCCAGCAAAGAGGAGGCUGCCGUAAGUCAAGACAAGAAAGAAUCAGAAUAGAAACCAUAGGACUGCUACUUCUGUGGAUAACUUGGCGAGGAUUGAAAACCAUUCAUCUGAAGAGCACUUUCGGUAUCCCUCUGUUUGGCAAGAAAAGCUUGUACGAUUGUUGAUUUCUGCCUCAAUUCUUGCAUGAAUUGUUUCUGCUGAACCUAGACCCAGAGAAUCAUUUCGGAAAAUGUCAUCAUUCUCUUCUGAUCUAAAUUGUGUGCCUUACUUGGUCAUUCUGUGGUUAGGCUAAGCACAAUGACAUCUGGAAUAUUUCUAGUAAUUAAUUCUUCCUAUGACUGUCUCGCUGUGUCUCUAAGACACAAUACUUUGAGCCCUUGGGGCUUCUACUCUAAAAUCAAGUUGCUUCGUUGAAAGGUUGUGUGGUGUUGCUACAGCGGCUCUGUCUUUGCCGUUUAGCGACAAGCCAGGUUCCAAGUUAAAUUUGGAAAUGUGGCCAUUUAUUUUGGGUUGAGUUAAAUGUUGCAAUUUUGUGUACUUUUCGAAUUGUACUUCAAUUGUUUUGUGGAUCUGUGCGGAUCAUUGUUGAGGUUGAUGGGUGAUGCAAUUUAAUGAACCAAUUGUCUUGCUACAAAUCAGUCAAAGCCUGCUUUGCAGUGCAAUAAGAAUUGCACUACUGUAGUGAGGCGUUUUCAUUACCAUAUAUUUGUGCUAUCAUUUGUUUUGAACAUUGUUUUUACAUAUUCAUUUGAGUAAUAAACUCACAAGGGUGAUCUUGAAAA